AGCUGAGGAAAUGACAAUCUGACAACAAACCAGCAUUUAGGGCCCCACUGUCAUUCAGGCUGCCUACAAAACAUCGAGACAAAACAGGAAGCUGUUGGAAUUUGGACUCAGACCUCAUCGUUUGGGGAGUUUAUUCUUAUGUCCCUCUGGGAUCAGCAGCUGCAGCAUGGCAGAUGACAAGGAUGUCCUGAGAGACGUUUGGUUCGGUCGGAUACCCACCUGCUUCACACUGAACCCGGAUGAGAUUACAGAGAGAGAGGCGGAACCCUACUAUCUGCUGCUGCCCAGAGUGAGCUAUCUCCCUCUGGUUACAGACAAAGUGAAAAAACACUUUCUCAAAGUGAUGAAGGCGGAGGACGUGGAGGAAAUGUGGUUUGAGUAUGAAGGAACGCCUCUGAAAUGGCAUUAUCCAAUUGGAGUUCUGUUUGAUCUCCAUGCCUCUAAUACGGUCCUACCCUGGAGCAUCACUGUGCAUUUUAAGAGUUUUCCAGAUCGGGACCUUCUUCACUGCCCAUCAAGCUCCAUAGUCGAGGCUCACUUCAUGUCCAGCAUCAAGGAGGCCGACACCUUGAAGCACAAGAGCCAAGUUGUGAACGACAUGCAGAAGAAGGACCACAAGCAGCUGUGGAUGGGCCUGCAGAACGAUAAGUUUGACCAGUUCUGGGCCAUGAACAGGAAGUUGAUGGAAUAUUCCACGGAGGAUGGAGGCUUCAGAUACAUCCCCUUCAGGAUAUAUACGGCCUUGAGCGAGAGGCCGUUCAUCCAGAAACUGUUUCGUCCUGUUUCACCCGAAGGCAACACACACACACUUGGAGACCUGUUGAAAGAGAUGUACCCAGAUGCUCUAUUGAAUGAUGGUGAGCGAAAGCGUUACCAGGUGUUGAUCCAUGGGAUUGAACCUCUGCUGGAGACUCCUCUACAGUGGCUGAGCGAACACCUCAGCCAUCCUGACAACUUCCUGCACAUCUGUGUCAUCCCUGUGCCCACAGAUUGAAGCCACUUCCUCCACACCUUGUUACCAUCGUGACGACGCUCAGGCAAACCACCUGCCAGCUGGGGACCAGACUCACUAGUGUCAUGGUAGAGGUUUUACACUAACAAGUUACAGGAAGAAGAUUAUGAAUAUCAACAAAGAAUGUAAAGGAGGUACUUAACAGGCCUCCAUUUUUCCAUUCUCUUGUUGUUUUUCCUUCCCUUUUCUUCUCCGAAACUUGUUCUUGGAUGCAAGAUUCAAAAGAACUGUUGGGACAUUUCUUUACGUAAAGAAAUAACUGAACGACAGGAAGAGCUCUCCUUUUUUUGUUUAUCUAUUUCACCUCUUAUUCUUUUUUUUUAUAUAUAACCAAACAGCUACACUGGAGGAAAACAAGGUGUCUGAAUUGUAAUGUUUCUAUUUUACCAUUCUGCAUCUUCCUCCUCUUUAAUCAGACUGUCCUGGAGGCAGCAUGAUGAGGUUUUCUUUCGGAACUGGUGUAUCUUCUGCUCAAAUUGCCUUAGUUAUUACAAUCAUUUAUAAUGGCUGACGUGAUGUCACUAAGUUGACAUCACAACAUGGAGAAUGGGUCAUAAAUGUCUAUACUUUAUCCCAGAAGUGUUAAAUUGCUUCAUUUGAAAACACAGCUUGACUAAAAACUCUUAUUUGGAGAUUUGACGUCAUUUGAGUGCCCCCAGGAGUUGGUUUGAACCAAACUUUACACCUCACUGUUGAGGUUAGCAUCAGAUUUUGAUGUAUUUGUAAGACAAACAGCGAGCACACAGAAUGUCCAACAUGCUCUGGUUUGGCAUCGUUCCUGAAUGAGUAUAAAUCUUAACGAAACCUGAAAACAAUGCUGUUUUUGUUUUGGUUCUAAUAUUAUUUAUUUAAUGGAUAAAUGCUACUGAUGGGACUUUGUGAUUAUUAAAAUCUAAUUGAAAACAAUUGUUUUGGUGAAUCUGCUGAAAGGGAAACUCUUGUUUGUUUGUUUGUUAAUCUAAUUUUCUGCAAAGACAGAGAUAAUAGUUUUACAAGGUAGCAUUUGUGCAUUUUUAGCAAUUUAUGAGCGUUAAAGCAUCAAGUAAAGGAGCCAUGAGGGGGUAAAGAGCUCCUCACAUUUUAAGUAGCAGGUGUUGAUUUCUUUCCAUCCGUGCAACG